GGCAGGACCGAGUUUACACAACACAAGGUUGCUGCCAUCCUGAAAGACUUUCUGCAGCCAGAUAGCAAGACAUCGCUCGAGUCAGCCGCGAAGUCGCUUCUCGUUCUCAUUCCAACCAAUGCAUCAGAACAUGCCGAAGUCUGUUCUUUUGGGGAGAUAUGCGUGGAGCUUGCCGAGCAGAUUCCUUAUCAUCACCCCUCCCAGCUCAAGCUUGUACAGCUUCUACACUAUCUCUCACGGUCUCCCAAGUUCAUGUAUAAGUACGAGCGGCCGCCACAAGAGGAGGCCCAGGGUGCUUUCCAGCUGUUAUGGGAAUCUAUUGUAGACUGGGCAUCCGGACCGGACGAAGAGAACCACAACGCGUGGGUGAAUAUCAACGCCUUCAAGGCAAACCUGUUUGCAACCGGUGUCUGGGGCACCUCGCCAGGGCAGUCCCUCAAGACGCUAUGCGACGCGUUUGAGACGAAGAAACCGGAAGAGGCCUGGGAGAGAGAUUGCAAGGUCAUGGCGGCGGCGCAAUGGAUACUCUGGCAUGGCCAGACGCUAUUCAAGCUGAUAAUAUACGACCAUCUCGAAGAGCCUCCAGGCGAGGGCAGCAAUUGGGGGUUUGGGAAUGAACUCGAGGGCUCCAAGAUGCCGCCUCGCUCUGUAGAGAGAUGGCGGUUCUGGAAGGCUGGCUUCGAAGCUGUCGAGCAACGGGCGUUAAAUGGUUGGAAUAAUAAUAGUAUCGCUUGUAUUUCUUGCUUGUUGGGUAUGACUUUAAUGCAACGUAUUGAGAGUCUUGAGCGGUUAGUGCGAAGUGUAUAUAGCGACAACAUGUUUGAUUUCCGAGGGAAACCCUAUCGGCUGCGGGCAUUGCGGAGACCCGACCGACCUCUGAGCCUUCAAGUUAGGAGGGUCAGGCUUUAA